ACGGUCGCACGCAACGGCGUACGUCCGACGUCGUAGUACAUUCUAUUCUACGCUGCUCGCCGUUGGCUUCCGGCGGACGACGGCCAGGUGUGCGAAGGCGCGUACGUACGCGUUGACCCGUGUUCGUAGUGUCGGGGCGGUGCGGGACGUCGUCGCGCGCGCGGGAGAUCGCCGCGUUAUCUUUGUUAUGAGAUUACCACGGCGUGCCGGGAGACUCGCCGCACGGUUACGUUACGCGAUACCGGAUCGUAGUCGACGAUCGGUGUUGACGAGGUCCGCGGCCUGACGUCGAGGAGUUCAGGGUGCUGGUGGUGCGAUCGAGCGCCGCGCGUACAUAUACGUCCGUCCGUCGGCCCGUACCACUUGGCGUGCGUCGCGCGUGAGAGAGUCAGCGAGCGAGAAGGAGAGCGACGUACGUCGUCCGUGCCAGCGUCCGCGACGCCGAUCUUCGCGGCGGGAAGGCGAAGGAAGAGGAGGAGCAGGAGGAGGAGGAGAAGAGGAAAAGAAAGAAGGAAAAGUGGAUCGUCGCGGUCGCGGUUGCCGUCUACGUCGAAAUGCCGCUGCUACGCAAACAGCCGUUCCAACGGCUCCACGUCUCCUCGGAUUUCAGAGACGACGACGAGGUGUACCACUGCGAGGUUACGAACGAGAUAUUCAAGAACUACAAUGAAUUUUGCGAGCGAAUUAUUUUAUGCAAUUCUCUUAUAUGGUCGUGCAGUAUCACAGGUAAAACUAACAUGACAUUCGAAGAAGCUUUACAAUGUGAAGAAAAUGCAAAGAGAAGCUUGAAAGAAUUUCCAAUGGAGCUGCGAAUUCCUAUACUAUAUCUCGCUAGUAAAACAAAUAGGUCUUCUUUCAAUGAGAUGAUUGAAGACGUUUAUCAGUUUGCGAGAGAUCGUUAUUUUGUAGGAGAAAUGGUAGAGGCUAGCUUUACUGAAGACGCUUGGUGUAACUGCCAUGUUCUUCAAGUCAUCAUACCUACAGAACAACAAAUUAAAACGUUUAUGAACGAAAACAGCAGAAGUCUACAAGAACAUUACUAUCAUCCACCAGCGAAAUUAUUUCGCUACGAGGUGGAACAAUUAGAUUCUGGAGAUUCUGACGUCAGUCAGAUUAUGAUAGUAGAAGCGUCUCAGGUCAGAAGGCGAAAACAACAUUACAGCAGAGACCGUAAUAAAAUAUUUCUCCGUCAACUCUGUGAACAAAAUAGUAGCGGUAUAUGGGUUGUCAAGGAAAGUGUUCUAGAAAAGUACGCGAUUAACAAAAUACGUUUUGAUACCAUAUUCGCUGGAACACUCCCAGAUUUUACGGUGCGCAUAAAAAAGUCCGUCAAACAAAAACAAGAAUCAAUGGAUAAAUUUCUCAUCUCGAAUGUGUCGAAACAGAAAACACCCGAUAAAGCAGCGGAUCCUCUGAAAAAAGUAAAUGAUACUGGUGUGGUGAAGAAAUAUCGGAAACCAAGAAUGAACGGUAAAUUCAAAGAGGAACUUAAAGCGAAAGCUUUGGAAGAGAAAGCAAAACGUAAAGAGGAGAGGGCGCUAAAAAGCGAGCGUAAAAAAGAAAAGAGACAAAAAUUAGCGGCUUUAGCUGCAUAUAUGAAACAAUGGAACAAACCGAGAGAAGAUCUUGAGUGUGAAGAUCUCAGUCCCAUUCCUGAACCUACCGUUAUUAAGUGUAACAUACCAAAUGAAAAGUUUGGAGAUUUUGCCUUGAUAACGGAAUUUCUUGAAUUUUUCAAUGAAGAACUUGAGGUGCCCGUCUACUUUCCGGGUGGUUUUAAUUUGGAAUUGGUGGAGAAGGCGUUAUUGACCAAAGAAGCAUCCGGUCCUUGGAGUGAUCUUCUACAACUAUUAUUGUCAAACAUAUUUAAAUAUCAAGCAGGAGAGGAUAAUGAAAUUGAUGCGCAGGCGCCUACUUUGUUAGACGAUACCAGUGCUUAUGAAGACGCAUCGUCAAUGGCAAAAACAAUUAAACUCGCUACGCUAGCUUCUAGAUGGUGCCCAACUUAUCAGGGUUGUAAAUUAUCAGAACUUACAUUGGAUCAUGUAACUUUGAGUGAGAUUUUGAGGCAACAUUUAUUAAGCUCUGGAGGACGUAUAAGCGAAGCCGCUUCGAAAUGGCGAUAUUCUCAAAAGGGUGGCUAUACAAAUUUUGAUGAACCAGCGCUUCGUUUGAGAUUACAUGAAGCCUACCUUUUGCGGUUGUUGGGCCAUCGAAAUGUCUGCGAGCUUGAUUUAGAUGACAAAAUUAAGAUCGUUACAUGUCUGAUCAAUCAGUUACUUGCGUUCGCAUCGAUACGCGAUGCAAUCGAGGAGCGAUAUGAUAAAUUGCACCAAGCAAAAAGAGAAUUAAAAUUGUUCCUGCUUGCUGAACAAAAGAAGGAAAAGGAAGAGAAAGAAAAGAUGCGAGAACGUGAGAAAGAAGGAAAGCUUGAAGAAGAUGAGCCAAAACCGAAAAAGAUUACGCGUGGUAAUUAUGAAGAAGAAAAGAAAAAAGAAGAAUAUGAAAAUAAACUGAAAGAACUGCAGCAAGCGUCAAGAGACGACAAGAUGAUGAUUUAUUUAGGUGCAGAUAGAGCUCAUCGAAGAUAUUGGAGAUUUAUAUCUAUACCAGGAUUAUUUGUCGAAAACGAUGAACGUUGGCCUGGAGACUGUCUUCCUGAGGGUACUCCACAUCAUCCAGAGUUGCAAGACAAGGAAGCAACAUAUGCAUAUAUAAAAAAUAAAUUUGAAGAUGAGUUUAGUGACAAAGAAAAUAAUUUCAAAAAAUUGAAGAAAUCACCCAAGAAGCUUCUACUGUCGGAUAAAAAUGGUGUUAAAUCGCCACGGAAAGAAACAAACUCUCGAAAGGAAUUUAAACAGGAUCUUACCAACAUUAAAAGAAAUUUGGUACUGUGUACAGGAGACAAAGAUUGUCCUGUUCAUUGCAAGAGAUCACUGAUAACGUGGAGCUUUUAUGGAAAUAGAGAGGACAUUCAAGCACUAAUAAAUAGCUUAAGCACAAGAGGUGUCAGGGAGAGUGAGCUUAGAAAUAAUCUUUUACAAGAGAUGGACAAUUUGCUUCUUGUUAUCGAUGAAUGUCCUAAACACAAAUUAAAUCCUGAAGUUUUUUCAGACUCCAAUAAAGCGCAAAAUAAUAAGGCGGCUAAGAAAAAUAAAUAUGAAAACGCGAACUUGAAUUUUCCUUCUGACAUGUUGGUCGACGAUGUAAUGGAAUUGACUUUGAGAGAUCAUAUUUUGGACUUUGAAGACAAGAUCAAUUCAGGUUGUCUGGGAUGGCUUAAGAUCACUGAUCGCACUGCCUGGAGGAACGCGAUCAAUCAGAGAAGUUACGAUAAACAGUGCGACAAAUUGAUGUGUGCUGGUAACGAGGUAGACAUAGAUACACCUCCUAAUGCUCUAAUAGACAAGAUAAAGAACGAGUCUAAACACAGUAGACCCGGUACCCCAGACUCAGAAGUUGGAAGUAUUAGCAUAAAGACUUACAAAGAUCCAGGAAUGUACUUAGGUUUACCCGGUGACGAUGAGAUGGUGCUUGAUCAAAAGCAGCAGGCAACCAUCAAACAACUAGCUUGCUCUAUUUUGCAGUUGUCUCACGCUAUAGAACAAAGGUACUUACAAAGACCAUUGGGACCUGAUCAAAAGGAUAAGAAAUGGUCAGGCGAGGAGGCACGAGAGAGAUGGGAACAAUCAUUAAUAGCAUCUACAAAUUGGUCCCAGUUGUUCAUUCACUUAAGUACCUUGCACAAUAGCGUUGCAUGGCACAGAAGUGCUUUAAAUGCUCAGUGUCGUAUAUGCCGAAGGCGUAGGGACGCAGAGAACAUGUUGCUUUGCGAUGGAUGCAACAGGGGUCAUCAUCUCUAUUGUCUAAAACCGAAACUUACUGCUGUACCACCGGGAGAUUGGUUUUGUACAGCAUGCAGACCGCCGGAGAUAAAGCCCAAAGAAAAAACACAAAAGCGGAAAAGAUUUGAAGAUGAGAUCGAGGAUGAGCCGAUAUUGACCAAAGAGACGCGACAGAAUCGCGCGAAACGUGUAGUACACAGCGACGACGAGGGCGAGCAAGAAGACGAUGAAGACGACGAGGAAAGCGAAGAAGAUAUAAACAUACGACUAGAGAACUUGUGUGCAACGUGUAAAAGCGGUGGAAAGUUGAUCGUUUGCGACACGUGUUCAAAUCGUUAUCACUUGGAAUGUGUGGACCCGCCGUUGUCGAGGUCUCCUAGAGGAAGGAGAUGGUCGUGUACCAAAUGCAAGGCUAAAAGAAGGAGCACAACAAAAGUGAGGGGGCGUGAAAAGGAAAGAGACAAGGAGAGGCUGUGCGCAGCAGCAGCACGCUCUCGCAUCCAUGGCUUUGCCAAGAGCCUCCUCACUACAGAAUCUACAGACUGGGACGAUAGCAGCGCGUCGGAUGACACCGAACCCAGACAAACGAGGCGUGCAACAAAGAGAGCCGCCGAAAUCGAACAUGAAGAAGACAAAAAUUCGAUUAGAGGUUCUGCAACUAAAUUGCAAGAAUUAUUGAACGACAUCAGGCAUCACAGAGAUUCCUGGCCGUUUUUGUCGCCCGUUACAAAAGACGAGGUUCCAGAUUAUCACGAUAUUAUCUCUAAUCCAAUGGAUUUCGGAACUAUCAAACACAAACUUGGUAAUGGCGACUACGAGACGGUAGAUAAGUUUUUUAGCGAUUGCCAAUUGGUCUUUGAUAACUGUGGAUUGUACAACAAGGAACAUAGUUCGGUGUACAAUUACGUGUACAGUGCAGGUAUGCGGUUACGCAAGUACAUCGAAAAACGGUGCAAGGAGUUAGGCUUCAAUUUCGAUGAUACACUUUUCCAAGAGGACAGCAAGAUUAAGAGGCCACGAUUGGACAUUAUUGAUGAAAACGACACGUCGGAAAGCGAGGACGAGCGCGAGGCGCACAAGCGAAGAUAGAAUAAAGAUUAGACAUAUACACAUAUAUAUUUCAAUACGAUGCAUACUCACAUGAAAAAUUCAAAUCUAGAGCCGCUCAUAUUUUAUAUAUUUUGAAUUCAGCAUAUAUGGACUUGUAUACCGAUUGUUGAGCGGUCGAAAGAUUGUGUAUGUAGUUCAAGAUAUUUGUAUAAAUUAUCUACUUUUUCUUUCGAUUCUUUCGACAGAGUAAUAUAAAAUUAUACUGACAAUUCAUAUGGAAUAGUACAACGAGAAUUCUGCAGAAUUCGCUGUUGCAAAAAUAAUAUGAAAAAAAUUUCUGUCUACAGUCGACUUCUUCGAGGCUUCUUGUAAUAAAGACGUACACAGUAUUAUUUACAGAAAAUUGCAUAUACAUAGCCGCACUUAUACUUUUAGAUGUAUUACUGACACAUAGAACAUUUUUAAAACGACACAUACAGUAGGACUGUGGGUGAAAAUAUUCGGUUUCAACUCAAUAUGCAAAUGUAUUCAAGUAGGUAGAUGGAAACAACUGAUUUUGAAAUCGAUAUGUAACUCGUUUUAAAGUAAUCAUUAUAUCAAAACAAAUAAUUCAGUAUUAUUAUUCAUAAUAUUCUGAAAAAAAAACAAUCUGUAAUCAUACGUUCACUUCGUAUUGAAAAAACGAGUUAUUUUCUUAGCUGUUAAAAGAGUUGCAUGAAAUAAAAAUUGUACAAUUUAACUGAUUAAGAGUGCUUUCCAGCAAUUGAACACAAUCAUAGUAUUACACAGUGUCGACUUGUAAUUAAAAUACUGCUUCUAUCGAAACAAGUGUAUUCAACUUCUCACAGAUAAAUAUCGAUCAAUUGACGUCGUUUUUAAAAUCAUACAGAAACUAAGGUAAAGAGUGUUCCUUUGGAAAAACGGUAUCCGAUCCGUGAUAUCAAAUGUAAAAAUUUAGUAUCUAUGAAAUGACAUAAAACAACUACACAUCAUUUUAGCUGAAAUGAAUGUAUUCGACUACAGAAUAUUGAUUUUCCAAAUUAUCAUGAAUCAAAUAAUGAAUACGGAAUUAUUUGUUUAAAUCUAAUGAUUACUUCAACCGAGUUACAUAUCGAUUUCGAAAUAGUUGUUUCCGUGUAACGAUUACUUUAAUCGAUUUACGUAUAGAGUUUGAAACAGAAUACUUUCAUGCACAGCCAAUUAGGUCCAUUUGCUUCAAUCAGUACAAGAAUAGCACUAAUUUUUUUUUAUAGAUGUAAACAAGAGAAGAUGCUCGAUAUAUUCUCGCAUCGAUCAAUUAUUUAUUAUUUUAAUAUUAUUCACGUAAAACGGCAAGCUAUAUAUACUCAUUGCCGUAAUUAUAUUAAGGAUAAUUGUAUAAGUGAUAAAUUACACCAUAAAUUUUACUUUUCUCGAGAUCGUCUACGCGAGCUUUAAUAAUAGAAUACGAGCACGGCUUUCAAAAAAAAGAAAAAAAACUACAUAAGUUAUAAAAGCGUUGUUCAUAAAAAUUUACGUUUGUAGAUCCAGACAAUAAAAUUGGAUACUUUUGUACUGCGUGUUCUGUGACUGUUAUCAACUGACAAGUGUUAUUUCGAUUGUUCUGUAAUUCCCACGUGUAAAUUUCUAUUUUGUCAAUAGUACUUAUUAUUUUUGCGUAUUUAGUUUAUUUUUUAAUAUUUUUCGAUUUUAGGUAAAAUUAAUAUGACAGCUACACGAAGUACGUCGAUUAUAUUACGUGAAAAUCAUAAAAGAAACGUCUUUUUUAGUCAUGUAUAUUUUAUAUUAAUCAUUUUGAUAACAAAUUUUGAAAUAGAUUUUUUUCAUAAA